AUGUAUCACACUAGUACACAACGAAAAUAUUGGACAUUUCCCAACGAAGAGGAAAUUGCCCAACAUAAAGGCGCUCUACAUAACCAAUUCUUUCAAAAAUUAAAGGAUGAUGAUUCUAGACAUAUACGUACCAAAGAUUUGCCCAGUGUAGAAGAACUAGAUCAUCUUUGCACCUUUUAUGAAUUCGAAUUAAUGGAUCUCUGCAGGCGUUUUGACCCACCAAUGCCUGCUACAGCUGCAGUGUAUAUGAAGAGAUUUUAUCUUGUCUGUUCCGUGAUGGACUAUCACCCAUGUGAUAUCAUGUUGGCAUGCGUCUACCUUGCUACGAAGGUCGACGAGUAUAAUAUUUCUAUAGAUAAGUUUUUGACAAUGGUUCCUGAAAACGAUAAGGAACGAGCCAAAAGUCGUACGCUUGGAUUCGAGCUAUUAGUAAUGGAAAAAUUGAAAUUUCAUCUGACAAUACAUUGUCCGUAUAGACCAGUGGAAGGUUUAUUAAUCAACAUUAUGACGGUGAUUCCAGAAAUUGCCGAUAAAAUAGACGAGCUUAGAAGGCAUAUCGAUAAAUUUUUAUCGAAGAUACUGUAUUGUCAAGCAAUGUUGAUCUAUCCCCCAUCUCAGGUCGGUGAAAUUGCUUUAUUCCCUUCACAGAUUGCACUUGCGGCAAUAAUUGAAGCUGGUGAAAAAGCAGGACUGGACUUAUUCGAGUCUGUUAUAUCUGCAGUAUUAAAUAACAAUUCCUAA